GGGUAUUAACUGAGCCAAGAUGCUGCAGAAUCUGCUGGCUCUUCGUCAGAUUGCGCAGAGGACCAUAAGUACUGCUUCACGCAGGCAGUUUGAAAAUAAAGUUCCAGAGAAACAAAAGCUGUUUCAGGAGGAUAAUGGAAUUCCAGUGCAUCUGAAGGGUGGAGUAGCUGAUGCGCUCCUGUAUAGAGCUACUAUGGUGCUUACAGUUGGUGGAACAGCAUAUGCCAUAUAUCAGCUAGCUAUGGCUUCAUUUCCCAAGAAGCAGGAUUAACUCCAGUUUA